GGCAGAGCUCAGAAGGGUGUGUUUUAUGUACCACUGCAGCAUCAGUGCAAAAAAGACACGAGAAAAAGGCACGACUCAGUGGACAGGAAAGAGAAAAUAAAGACAAGACAGAAGAAGAGAGCGUGACAAAGAGGAAACGAGAGGAAAGGGGAUAAAAGAGACGCGGAGACGGAGGGAGAGACGCCACACCUGCAGAGUCGGCAGCGGGAGAUUGUGGACCUGAGAGGCAGAUCGUCUUAUUCAGAGCCUCACUUAGGACUGUGAAAGCAACACACACACACACACACACACACACACACACACACACACACACACACACACACCAACUUAAAACAGUUGUUUACUCUUCUCCACUCUCCAGAGGGUCUUGGAGGUCCCUGAAGUGUGUGUGUCUGGUUGGGUGCAUACGGUGGGAGUGUGUGUGUGUUUUCUUUUAUGUGUUGAUGAGUGUGUGGGUGUCUUGCGUCACUUUUCAUGGGACAUUGAGAGAUGUGUGUGUCACAGCGUCGGUGGACGGGCUAUAGGGGGCUGUGCUGCCCCGCCCUCCCCCUGAUCCUCCUCCUCCCUCUGUCCUUCCUCUCCUCCAUGCCUCCGCUCGCUCAGGGAGCCAUCGUCAUCCCCGAUGACUAUAAAGUGCAUAACAUGUCGCAGCCACCGGUCCUGACAGAGAUGCCGCAAUCGUACACGGCCUUUUCUCAUGAGGACAUCAAUCUGCCCUGUGAGGCCUCUGGUAACCCGACACCCAGUUUCCGCUGGGUGAAGGACGGCGUGGCGUUCGGGAAGGAGCGCAAAAAUGUGGGUACGUUGCGAGCCGAAGAUGAAGAGACUCUGGACUCGUACGAAGGCUUCUACCGCUGCUACGCCUCCAACACCCUGGGGACCGCCAUGACACAAUCCAUACAUGUGAUCGUGGAGGCUCAACCAGUUCUUCUAAAACAACAAAAAGUCCAUCAGCAAGCUCUUGAGGGAGAAAGCAUGAUCCUGUCCUGCAACCCUCCAGAGAGCUCGACUCCUCCGCACAUCCACUGGAUGGACAAGAAGAUGGUGCACAUCAAGGAGAACGACAGAGUGAUGGUCGGCCUGGAUGGGAACUUGUACUUUGCUAAUCUGCUUAGGAGCGACAGCAGAAACGACUACUUCUGCAACGCCCAAUAUACUGCAGCCAGGACUGUUCUCCCUAAUACCGCUGUCACCCUCACAGUCUUGCAAACUAAUGAUGUCGUUCAUGGCAGAAAGCCCCACCUCUUCCGUCCCACCGGCUCACACACCUCCAUGCUGGCGCUCAGGAAGCACAGCGUCGUCCUAGAAUGUCUCCCCAAAGGCCUACCCACCCCGAAGGUGGAGUGGAUAAAGAAGGACAGCAGGCUGGAGGACACAAGCGGCAAAGUGGAUUCAGAUUCACACGACCGCCGGCUUCGCUUCGACAGCCUCACCCAGAAUGAUGACGGGGAGUACAUGUGCAGAGCCUUCAACGAGCACGGUCAAACCUCCCACUCCUUCACGCUCACUGUGGAAGCCUCUCCCCACUGGGUGAAGGAGCCUCAGAACCUGCUGUACACUCCGGGGGAAACUGUGCGGCUGGAGUGUCAGGCUGAAGGCAUCCCGACCCCGGCCAUCACCUGGAGCAUCAACGGUCAGCAGGUCUCAGAGGUGGAUGACGAUCCUCGUCGGAGCGUAUCAGGUGGUGUGUUGAUCCUGAGGGACGUGGAGUUUGCUGACACCGCCGUGUAUCAGUGCGAGGCCACGAACAAACACGGCUCCAUCCUCCUCAACACCUACCUCUAUGUCGUCGAGCUUCCUCCUCAGAUCCUGUCCUCUGAUGGAGUGGUGUACAGUACAACUGUGGGCACUAACAUCAUGAUACACUGUCAAUCCUUCGGCUCGCCACGACCACACAUCACAUGGGAGGGUGAGUACAAGCUUCCUCUGCUGUCGGACCCUCGUGUCGCUCUGAUGACCAAUGGGACGAUCGUGCUGUCCAACGUCAGUCACGAUGACAGUGGAGAGUACACCUGCUCCAUCAAACACACCAACAUCUCCAUCACUGCUCACCUGGAAGUCUACAAUCGGACGGAGAUACUGACGAGCCCGCAGGACGAGCGUGUGCUGAGAGGAGGCAGCGCUCUGCUGGACUGUCGCUUCUACAAAGACCCUCGGCUGCAUAAGUACCAGAUCGUGUGGAGGAAAGGCUCGCAUAAGCUGCAGGAAACGUCAGAUGACAAGCACACUAUCUUUGAGAAUGGCACCCUGAAAGUGACAGACAUCCAAUCAGACGACAGCGCAAGUUACUCCUGUGAGGUCAUCACUGAGCUGGACAUUGUAACAGCCAGUGGCUCCAUCACUGUCGUAGCUCCGCCGGAUCCUCCCAAAAAUCUGUCUCUAUCUAAUGUUGACGACCACAGCCUCACUCUCAGCUGGAUCCCAGGAAACUCACACAACAGCCCCGUCAUAGAGUUCAUCGUGGAGGCCCAGGAGGAGCAGCACGCAGAGGAGGGGAAGCAGAGGUGGGAGGAGUGGGAGAGAGUCCCCGGGGACUUCGACCACCUGGAGCUGACCCUCCACCCCUACUGCACCUACCACUUCAGGGUCAUCGCCAUCAACGAGAUCGACCACAGCGCCCCCAGCAAGCACUCGAGAAACCACAGCACGUCGCCGGCCAUUCCUGACAGUAACCCCACCGGCGUGCGCAGUGAGUCCACAGACCCGAAGACUCUGGUCAUUUCAUGGGAUGAGAUGGACAAGCGCUCGCAUAACGGCCAGGGCUUCCAGUACAAGGUGUUUUGGCAAGAGUCUGGAGUGACAGAUGUCCACUGGAACCACGCCUACGUGCAGUCUCCGCCGUUCUUGAUAAACAACACGGGAACGUACACACCGUUCAAGAUCAAAGUCCAGGCUGUCAACUCACUCGGAGAAGGACCGGCACCGGUGCCUGAGAUCGGACACUCUGGAGAGGACGAGCCUGUGGAAGCUCCCACUGGAGUCACAACUACUGUGAUUGACAGCACGGUCAGAGUCAAGUGGAACGAAGCCCAAAAUGUCCGAGGUCUGCUGAUGGGAUACAAGAUUUACAUCCGGAGGGUGGGUCCACACGACGGUCGUGUCCGGAGGUCUCUUGGAAAACUGCACCAGGCCAAAGAGAAAGAGGGACACUUAGAGCGAGGCAGGGAGAGAGACAGGGAGAGUCGGGUGGUGGUGGUCCACGGCAGGACCACCUCAGAGGAAGUGUCGAGGCUGCAGCUUUAUUCUCGGUACGAGGUGUCCGUCACUGCCUUCAACAGCAAAGGGGAGGGGCCUCACUCCCCCCCGCACCACUUCAGCACCCCAGAGGGAGCGCCUGGUCCUCCUGCAUCGUUGAGGUUUGAGAGUCCUUCAGAGAAAUCGCUGACCCUCUACUGGACCCCUCCAGAGGAAACCAACGGCGUGCUGGUGGGAUACAUGGUGCAGUAUCAACAGGAGGUGGAGACCAGAGACAGCCCGCUGGAGAUGCAGUUCCUCAUCGAUUCCUCUGUGACUCACUUUGAGUUGGAGUCUCUGGACCCGAGCAGCCAUUACAUCUUUAAAGUGAUCGCACGCACCAGCACUGCAGCUGGACCUCCCAUCACACGGAGGGGCGCCACCCUGCUGGACGGAGUUCCUCCAGCCCACAUCAGCAUAGUUUCCAGCAAGACAUCUCUCAACCUGAGCUGGGUGCCCGGAGAGCGAGACAGGAACCACGGCUUCAUCAUCCACUACCUCAGGAAAAGUCCCGGGUGUGAUUGGUCGGACUCAGAGGUGGUGAACUCCACGCAGGGUUUCUAUUCGCUGACAGGCCUCCAACCAGGAUCUCAGUACCAGCUUGUGAUCAAGCACAGAAACGAGACUCAUUGGGAAAAUGUGACAUGGACCAUGGGACCAGCGCCGUCGGAGUUGCCCAGUGGGUUCGCCAACCAAGGUUGGUUGAUAGGACUCAUCAGCGCCAUCCUGCUGCUGGUGAUGAUACUGCUCAUCCUCUGCCUCAUCAAGCGCAGUAAGGGCGGCAAAUACGCAGUGAAGGACAAAGAAGACAAGGAGGUGGACUCUGAGGCUCGGCCCAUGAAGGAUGAGACGUUUGGAGAGUACAGAUCUCUGGAGAGUGAUGCGGAUGAGAAGCGCUCAGACAGCCAGCCGUCUCUGUGCGGGGAGAGUAAGCUGGGCAGCGACGACUCUCUGGCUGAGUACGGAGACAGUGUGGACAUCCAGUUCAACGAGGACGGCUCGUUCAUCGGCCAGUACAGCGGCCGGGGGCCCGUCCCCCCCGGCCACGAGAGCUCUGGUCCCACCUCUCCCGUUAACGCAGUCCCACCUGUCCCCAUCGCUCCAUCCAUGCCGAGCACCCUGAACCGGCCCAGCUAGACACACACACACACACACACAUUACAAAAAUAACACACAUACACACUGCCUGCCUGCAACAAAACACAAAGGGACAGACCACUCCUGACUGCACUGCCUGUAAUGUUAGUAGUGCACACACACACACACACACACACACACACACACACACACACUGUCUCAAUACAUUCCGAAGGUUUAUGCAGUGAAGCUGUUUACAGGAUGUCUCGCCUUUUCUACUCCAAGUUUACACAUUCACACACUCAGAAACACACUCACACCUGCAAGCAAACACACCAAAUGAGAAAGCGCUUCACUCUUCUAUAGGAAACAGAGCUCGCUGCACCAGCUGUUCAUCAAACAUUAGUGUUACGCAGGUCGAGAUGAGUUCUUUCUACAUAUUUAAGUAAUUAAGCAGUUUCAUGUUAAGAAUCCGGGUUCCUCCAACGCGGCCGCAAACGUUUUCUCAGCUUGUUUCUCUGAUGACUUCAGAUCCAGAGGUUUGACGACUGCAAGUCUUUCAUCCGGUUAUAAUAUAUUUAAAAAUGACCCAAGAUCCAAAAGGUGUUUGUAAAAAUGUGGCUUAAAACGGGAAAGAAAAAAAAGGUCAAACACUGGAGGAU